AUGGGGAACCUUCAGGUUCUUCAGUGGGCCCACAGCCAAGGGUAUCAGUGGGAUGUUUCCACAUGCAAAGAGGCUGCCAGCGGUGGGCAUUUGGAGCUUUUGAAAUGGGCAAAGUUAAACGGAUGCCCCUGGGAUGAUAGUACAUGCCUUGCUGCUGCGGAACAUGGGCAUUUGGAUGUACUAGAGUAUACCCAUUCCAAUGGCUGUCCAUGGAAUGAACAAACAUUGACUGUUGCUGCAAAGCAUGGGCACACAAAGAUUUUAAUCUGGGCAAAAAGCAAGGAUUGUACCAUGGAUGCCAGUUUAUGUACCAGUGCUGCAGAGGGUGGGCAAUUGGCCACCUUGAUAUGGUGCCAUGAGAAUGGAUAUCGACUGGAUGAAACAAUUUGUAUUGUUGCCGCAGCCAGUGGGCAACUGAAAGUUAUCCAAUGGGCAAGGGGGAAAGGCUACCCUUGGAAUUCACAGACUUGUGCAAGUGCUGCUGGUGGUGGACAUUUGGAAACACUGAAAUGGUGCCAUGAACAUGGCUGUCCAUGGAAUGAAGAUACCUGUUCUGGUGCAGCGUAUGGUGGGUAUUUGGAGGUGUUGGAAUGGGCCCGAGCCAAUGAUUGCCCUUGGGACAGCACUACAUUGACGUUGGCAGAAUUCAAUGGACAUGUCAAGGUGACAGAAUGGGCUGAGGAGAAUGGAUGCCCAGCAUCUGAAUCUCUCUUAAAUCUUCUAACUCUAUGAGAG